AUGAAAUAUUUGGAGGUGAACAAAAAUGUUUUCAAGGCUCCUCCUAAGCAUCCGGGAACCGUUUCAGUAGUGGACGAACGAUAUGAGAAACUAUCAGCGCAUAAUCCAGAGUUGGAUAAAAAUGUUAACUCUUUAGGGAUAGUAGCAAAGUCUUUAAAUAAAGGCAUAUUACCCGAAGGUAUGGAAUACGUUAGCAAAACAACGCGCAAGCUACCACAGAAGUAUGCUGGCAUCUAUCCUUAUCCUCCACCCAGUGAAGACUUUGGUUUCGUUGUUCCAGAGUCGGUUCCAGAAGGAAGACUAACAAUGCGUCAAGCCGUCAAACUUAUAGCGACUCAUCAGAAAAGCGCUGCAGAUAUUGAUAGUUUAAGUGAAUUGUUUAGCCUUGACAAAGAGAAAACUAAACAAAUCCUUGACUACUUUUCGUUGUUUGAAGUCCCCGAUAAAGGUAUUUGGACUCCUCCUUCAAUGCAACAGUCCGAACUGAAGUUGUUAGAUGAGGCUGUAUCUUACGAGCAAAAUGACCUGGAGGAUUUGGGAGGAAAUGAAUAUAUUCAGCGAAAGACAGUGUUAAAGCAGUUGAAUAGAAAAUAA